AUGGUGGAUGUUGGCUCUGCAUCCCUCCCAGAUGGCACAGAGAUUGGCACAGAAGCCAAAGAAAGCUCUCUGCCACCUGGAGAAUGUCAGGUCCAGCCUCGCCCCUGUGGGGGGUCCGGGGGCAUCGGUGGGGAGGCCAGGGGGCGUGUUUCCAUCACGUGUCUGCGCUGCAGGGAGGUGUGCAGGGGAGAGGUGGUGCGUGUGCAGAGCGUCCACUUCCACAAGCGCUGCUUCACCUGCCAAGUGUGUGGGUGUGACCUGGCACGUUCCGGGUUCUUCCAGAAGGGGGGAGAGUACAUCUGUACUGAGGACUACCAGCGUCUCUACGGCACCAGGUGUGACAGCUGCUGCAACUACAUCACCGGAGAGGUGGUGUCUGCUCUGGGACGCACCUACCAUCCUCACUGCUUCAUCUGUAGCCUCUGCAGGAAGCCCUUCCCUAUAGGGGACAAAGUGACCUUCUGUGGUAAGAAGUGUGUGUGUCAGCAGUGCUCCCUGUCUCUGGUCAGCAAGCAGCCUGUGAAGGUCCACGGACCCAGCCACUGUGCAGGCUGUCAGGAGGAGAUCAGACAGGGUCAGUCUCUUCUAGCGCUGGAGAAACAGUGGCACGUCAGCUGCUUCAAGUGUCACACCUGUGGCGCUGUGUUGACUGGAGAGUACAUCAGCAAGGACGGGGUUCCGUACUGUGAGGCUGACUACCAUGCCCAGUAUGGCAUCAGGUGUGAGACCUGUAGCAGGUAUAUCAGCGGCAGAGUACUGGAGGCAGGAGGGAAGCACUACCACCCUGCCUGUGCCCGCUGUGCUCGCUGUAACAUGAUGUUCUUGGAGGGUGAAGAGAUGUACCUCACUGGUGCAGAGGUGUGGCACCCCAUGUGUAAACAAGCAGCCAGGAUGGAGAGGAAACUGAGGCUCAGACGUACCUCCGAGAACUCUCUCUCUCCCCCUGGCUCCAGCCUUGGCUCUCCUAACCGCAUCAUCUGUUCUAAAGUGGAGAAGGAGGUGUUAGAUUAUAAGCAGUUGGCAGCGCUGCCCAAGGUGAAGUCCAUCUAUGAGGUCCAGAGACCAGAUGUGAUCCCCUACGAGUCCUCCUUCCCCAGCUACUGCUCCGACGACAGACUGGAGGCCUUAAGCUGUGGAGAGUCACUGGGAACCCUCUCUCCAUACUCUCAGGAGCUGUUUGACAGUGUGUGUCUCAGUCAGAGGCGUUCGUCGAGCCCCUUCACAGACUCUCCCACCUACAGGAGUCUGGGGGGGUCCCCAGUCCUGCCGCGCUCCCCCCAGCUCUGCUACCGCCCUGGCUCUGAGAGUGGCAGGAGCUCACCCUAUCAGAGUCAGCUUGAGUCCAGGUCAAUCACGCCCACUACCUAUCAAGCACCCCAGCAUUUCCAUCUGCCAGCCACAGAGGAAACCAACAUGUACAGGAAACCUCCCAUAUACAAGAGACAAGGUGAACCUGCCUCCCCCACAGCCACCAAGACGAAGACCAACGAAGACCUUGUUGUCUCCUCCUCCUCCCCAUACUCCUCCUCUCCCUUCCAAGAGCACUACCAGCACACCAACUCCAACUACUACCCCUACACAGGCUCCCCCAAAGCUCCCAGGGCCAGGCGCUUUUCUUCUGGAGGAGAAGAAAAUGGAUGGAAUCAGAACCUAAACAGACUGCAGGGAGGUAUUGCCAGAAUGAUCCUAAAGGAGGAGAUGAAGGCGAGGUCUGGUUGCUAUGACAACGACCCCUGGGGUAGUGGGGUGAAUUCCCAGCGCGCCAGCAAAGAGGCCCUCCACAACCAGGGACACAGCAACACUGUCAACGGCUCUCCCAGAUCUCACUACAGUGUAGACAACGAUUCCUAUGUCUCAAAGUCAGCCUCGCUGCCAGGAUAUGGCAGGAAUGCCCUACAUAGGCCCCAAAGUACAGAUUAUUUCCAAUAUGACAGCAGCAACAGUGUGAACUGGGAGAUCAGAGAGUACAAGAUCUACCCGUAUGAAGCUCUGGUGGUCACCAUCAGGGGGCGCAAUCAGCUCCCUAAAGAUGUGGACCGUGCCAGGCUGGAGCGCCACCUCUCUCCAGAGGAGUUCCACCGUGUUUUCAGGAUGACCAUGUCCGACUUUGAGCGCCUAGCGCAGUGGAAAAGGAACGAGCUCAAGAAGCAGGUUCGCCUCUUCUGAGGCUCUGCGCUCGGCUAGCCAGGCCUGGCAUCACACCACAAACAGACCCUGGUCUGUUCCUGCCACACUCUAUCAUCCUCCUGUAACAACUCUUUUAUCAACUCCUUUACUGCUGUGUAUCCAAGAUGUUCAACUGAGGACUUUUCAGACACUCAUGCUAUGUGUGUGUCUGUGUGUGUGGUUCCACUCCUAGCAGAGGCCUGAUAUAUGUGUCUGUGUGUUUGUGUUUGUGUGGUUUCACUCCAAGCCUUCUACAAGGGAGCCAUAAUGCUGCAAUGAAGCCCUUGUGGUUUCAAUCAGAGUGGGUGGGUAGAUCAUAAGAUGUUUUGACAACAAAUGAUUUAUUAUUUGAGCGUGUGUGUGUGUGUGUGUUUCUCUUUGGACCAAAGUAAUAUAACUAUUGUUUGGAA